UCAUCAUCCUUCUUUUGCUUUAUACUCCUUUUCUCUCCUCACCUUUAUCUCGCUAUUUUUCAUCUAUCCAACUGGCUACUGCUUCUAUAUAUAUACACAUAAUAUUCCUAAUAUAUUUGUGCACAUUGUCUCUUCAACACCACCACUAUUUACUUGAAUCACUAUAAAACGCACAUUUGGCUCUCUCUCUUUGCUAAAACCCAGAAAUAUUAUACCUUUCUUCAAUCUAUAUGAUGGCUAAAGGGGCUUCUAAUUGCCUCUUUUUAUGCCCUUUGUUUCUUCUUCUUCUUAUCUGCUCUCCUGUUGAGAUUUCAACUAGGAUAGCUGCAUUUUAUGUUGAGGUAUCAACAAUGGCGGAUUUUGUGGGAAAACGGCUUAUUGGGGAAGAAAAGAAGGGCUUUGUUUAUUCUCGUAGGGAACUUAUUGGUGUAAAAAAAACAGCUCAACAUGAUCUUAUCAUCCCUCCACCGGCGACCUUUCCGACACCGAAUAUCAUCAACGUGCCUGCUACGAAUCCUGUGGAAACACCGGCGGCGAUCCCGGCUACCACGCCGGUCACGGUACCCUCUACGAAUCCUAACAACCCGACUACUGUACCGGUCACGAAUCCAGUCACGACGCCUGCGCCUAUCACGGUCCCGGGUGCAGGGGCACAGCAGCCGGUGACGAAUCCGGUAACGACUUAUCCGGCCCCGACGGGUGGUGUCCCGGCGAGCACACCGGUGACAACAAAUCCACUCCCACCACCUGUUAGUACAAAUGCCCCUGCAGUUCCAGGGCAGAGUUGGUGUGUAGCCAAGACCGGUACUUCGGAGACUUCACUUCAGACGGCGUUGGAUUACGCUUGCGGCAUCGCCGAUUGCUCGCAGAUCCAACAAGGCGCUAACUGUUAUAAUCCAAACACAUUGCAGAACCAUGCAUCGUAUGCUUUCAAUAGCUAUUAUCAGAAGAAUCCGUUGCCAACUAGUUGUGACUUUGGUGGCACGGCAGCCAUUGUGAACACUAAUCCAAGCAGUGGAUCCUGCAUUUACCCAUCCUCGGCCUCAGCAUCGCAAUCGACUCCAACAACAACACCGGUAACACCGUCAUCAACAUCAACAGGGGGAGGAGUACCAGGCUCGGUCGUCCCACCUUCGGUUUUGAACUCAAGCUCCUCUGGCUCAGGCUCGACUACCACCAGUGUUUUCGGUUCCGAUAUCCCUCCUACUGUCAGCACAUCGAUGUCCGUAUCAGUCAGUUUGCAACCUCCUUUUACUUGCAUCAUUCUACUGACAAUGACAUCUUUUGUUGCUGGAUUCAUCUUUAAAAAUUGAGCUCAUGGUUUGAGCCGUUUUUAACGUCUUUCCGGGGAAGAAACGAUGAUCUUAGAGUUCCGAAAUGACUUAGACAGCAGCCAAUGCUUGUUGAAGAUGUUCAUUGCCUGGAUAAGCUGCAAACCAAAAGAAAAAAGUAGUGAUUUUCACAUGAAAUAUACAAGAUGUUUAAUGUUAGGUGCUAUUUAGGGCUACAUUAGAAUAGGCACAGAGAUGAUCUUGUAUAUAUGUUUUUUAUCAGGUAGUGGAUUUUGUGCAUAAACAGAGAAAAACUGUAAUGCUAAAUGGGACAUAUUUGCAAGGUACUAUUGUUGAAAUGGGCAACUAAGAAAAGAAAAAUGGUGGUACCUGCAAAUUUGCUGCAUAACCCAUAUUAAUUAUUGAGUGCAAUUUAAACUAUGACAGUCAAUAUCUCAAUUAGGUGGCUCAGAUUAGUUUUGGGUUAAGUAGAUUUGGAUCGGAUUAAUUUAAAUUCGAGUUAAUUUGAGUUCA